AUGGCAUCUAAAAAAGAUCAUAAAUUAUUAACAACAGCAUCCAAUUCUAUUUCACAGCAAUUUACCAAUACAUUAGAAGGAUUUAUGAUUGAGUCUGAUGAAGAAGAAACAACAGUAAAUACGUCAGCUCAAAGUCUUGGUCUUCGUGCUCAAAAGAAACUACUCGGUAAAAUUUCAUCAAAAUCAGUGGCUAAAGUUUUCAUCGAUGAAACAAGCAGUCGCGUACUGGAUAAUUUACAUAAAUUAACUCGUGCCUAUUCAGAUAGUAAAAAAGAAUCAGACAAAUUACUUAAAUCAAUAAUAAAAACUAUUGUUAAAUUGGGUAUAUUAUAUAAAAAUGAUUUAUUUAAUGAAUAUGAAUUGAAAUACAUGGAUGAUUUUCGUAAUCGUUUUCACUCAUUAGCAAAAGCUGUUGUUACAUUUUAUGAAGUUGAUUUUACCUACGAUCGUGUCUUUUUGGCACGUAUGUGUAAAGAAUGUCAAGAUUUAGUACAUAAAAUUAUUUCAACACAUUUAUCACAAAAAUCUCAUAUACGUAUCGAUUAUAUUUUUAAUACUUUAUCAAAUUUACAAUUUAUUGACUAUGUUUUUAAUUCAAAUUCUACAUUAAAUCGUGCAAUUGUUAAAGAUAUAGUUCAAGAUAUGAAUAGAUUAAUGGACAGUGGACUUCUUUAA